CAAGAGAUGCUGACUCCCAAGCCUGACUAAAACCUAAGAAUGCAUCUCUAUGAAGUACGCAGGCACCAGGGUCGAGCUGUGCAGUUCCAGCAUGUACAAGAUCUACCCGGGACACGGGCGGCACUACUCCAGGACCAACGGGAAGGUUUUCCAGUUUCUAAAUGCAAAAUGUGAGUCUGCAUUCUUUUCCAAAAGGAAUACUCUGCAGAUAAACUGGAUUGUCCUCUACAGAAGAAAACACAAGAAAGGGCAGUCGGAAGAAAUUCAAAAGAAAAGAACCCGCCGUGCAGUCAAAGUCCAUCGAGCCAUCACUGGUGCGUCUCCUGCUGAUAUAAUGGCCAAGUGGAAUCAGAAGCCAGAGGUUAGGAAAGCCCAACGGGAGCAGGCUAUCGGGGCUGCCAAGGAAGUAAAAAAGGCUAAGCAGGCAUCAAAGAAGACAGCAAUGGCUGCUGCCAAGGCCACCACAAAGGCAGCACCCAGACAAAAGAUUGUGAAGCCUGUGAAGGUCUCCGCCCCCAGAGUUGGUGGGAAAUGCUAAUUUGGUAGAUUAGAGUUUGAAAUAAAGAUCUAUCUUUAAGGAAAACAAAAACAAAAACAAAAAAACCAAAAAUCACAGAA